GCUGAUUCUGAGACCUUCAGCUUCAUUUUUGCUUCUUUACUACUGCAACCACAAGUGACCAAAACAAGACUUCAACAUGGUGUCAAUGGGACGACAGAUGCUGGGCUUUGCCUUGGCCACCAUUGGCUUCCUGGGGACUAUCAUUGUGUGUGCUCUGCCCAUGUGGAAAGUCACAGCCUUCAUUGGGGCCAACAUUGUGGCAGCCCAAGUCAUCUGGGAAGGUUUGUGGAUGAACUGCGUGGUACAGAGUACAGGCCAGAUGCACUGCAAGAUCUAUGACCCUGUGCUGGCACUGCCCCAAGACCUGCAGGCUGCCCGAGCUCUGGUAGUCAUCGCAAUCAUAGUGUCCGCCUUUGGGAUUCUCCUGGGCAUCGCUGGGGGCAAGUGUACCAACUUUGUGGAGGAAGAGCGCGCCAAAGCCAGGGUGGCCAUCGCAGCUGGAAUCAUCUUCAUCUGUGCUGGUGUCCUCAUCCUCAUCCCUGUCUGCUGUGCAGCCAACACAAUCAGCAGGGACUUCAACAAUCCCAUCCUCACCAACACCCAGAGAAGGGAGCUGGGAGCGGCGCUGUACAUCGGCUGGGGCACUGCAGGCCUUCUCAUCUUGGGUGGCGGCCUCCUCUGCAGCUCCUGCCCGCCCAAAGACGACGACUACCCGGUCAAGUACUCCCAGCCCAAGUCUGCAGUCAGCAGCCGAGCCUAUGUUUGAGAGGCAAAUUCUUCUGAAAAAGAUUGUAAAUUAUUUUACUCUGUCCAAGGUAAUCGUUCUGCAUUGUGAGCCUCAGAGAGUGCCAUGAAUUGGUGAAAUUAUGUCUCAUUUUUUGAAAGUGACACAAUGAGAAGCUUGUAUCAAAUCUAACCUUUUCCUGUGCAUGAAGCCAAUCUAAGCUGUGUAAGGAUAUUCACUGUCAGGAAGAACUAUGAUGGAAGGAAAUUUGCACAGUUUGUGAUGUGCAAACUAUUUCCAUAUUAGUUGAGCAUUUUAUGAGCAUCUGUAUUCAUUUGCAAUAUCAGAAGAUUGUUUUUAUUUACCAAUGCCAGUGAUUUGUAAUAAAAGAUUCACUAAACUGA